GUCURCGUGUCUSAAGAAWUUGACUGUGCUAAAAUAACAAAAGACAUUAUUGAAUCGCUCACCGGGCAACCAUGUAGUUUUACAGGCCUAGACACACUCCAAAUCCAACUUAAGAACAAUCUGAUUGGCAAGAGAUUUUUUAUUGUCCUGGAUGACAUCUGGAAUGAGAAAAGGGAACUAUGGGAGCAAUUACGAACACCGUUAAUGUUUGGAGAAAAGGGAAGUAAAGUCUUAGUUACAACACGAAAUGAAAAAGUUUCACUUGUCAUGGGUACCCUUCCUGUUCACCGCCUACAAGUCUUAGAAAAUGAAUAUUGUUGGUCAAUAUUCAAGCAACGUGCAUUUGUUGAUGAUACUGUUGUUCUGGGAACAUAUCCGCAUCUGGAAGAAAUCGGUCGGAAAAUUGUAGAGAAAUGUAAAGGCGUGCCUCUUGCCGUAAAGUCACUAGGAGGCCUUUUACAUUCUAAAGUUGAAAAGGGGUACUGGGAAUUUGUCUUGACUAGCGAAAUAUGGGAGCUAGAAAAUGAUGAAAACGGUAUAAUGCCUGCUCUACGCUUGAGCUAUCACCAUCUCCCAGCGCAUCUGAAAAAAUGCUUUUCUUAUUGUUCCAUAUUCCCUAAAGACUAUUUCUUUGAGAAAGAGGAGUUGAUAUUGCUAUGGAUAGGGGAGGGUUUUAUACCUCCCCGAGGAAAUAGACAAAUGGACAUCAGCAGGGACUAUUUUGAUGAGCUAUAUCUUAGGUCAUUUUUCCAAAAGUCUGAGCGUUUAAAUAGAAGUGGUGAACCAAUGUUUGUGAUGCACGACCUCAUCCACGAUCUAGCACAAUCUAUUUUAAAGGAUGUCUAUUUGAGAAUGGAACAACACGAUAAUGAUAAAUUGUGGAACAACAUUGGUACAAAGGCUCGUUAUUUGUCAUUAUUUCUUAACAGAGAUCAUAACACGGCAGAAAGAUUGGACGCCUUGUACCAAGUUAGGGCUCCACGCACAUUUCUACUACGUGGACCUUCUUUCUAUAGGGUAGAGAUUCCAUGCCUUGUAACAAACCUUGAUCGUUUAUUUGAUGCAUGGAGAUGCUUACGUGUGUUGUGUUUGCGCAAUCUAUACUUCGGUAAUAAUGACUUGUCUGAUAUGAUCGGUAAUUUGAAACUCUUAAGAUACCUGGACCUCUCCUACACUGGAAUUAGAAAGCUACCAAUAUCAAUUUCUAGCCUCUACCAGUUAGAAAUAUUGUUACUAGAGGGCUUAGAGUUGGAAUUACCGGUGAACAUAGGCAGCAGCCUUGUUAACAUUCGACUUGUCAAGAUACUGAGCUAUAAAUGCAGAAUUCCACAAGAAAAUAGAAGACGCUAUGGAGUCGGCGAUUUGAAGUUGUGGGGGUGCAUCAUGGGAUGUAAUUCUAUUACCAUAUCAGGACUAGACAAUGUUGUGGUCAGCAAUGCAGAUGUCAGCCAGUACAUCAACAAUUUCAAGAACAAUCAACAGCUUGAAACGUUGACAUUAGAAUGGGAAACCACCAGGGAUAGAGAUGUGGCCAAAGCAAUAAUGGAAUGUCUUCAACCAGCUCCUACAAACCUACGUAUUCUCAAGAUCAAGGGGUAUUAUGGUGAAAGACUGCCUAGAUGGAUGGCAGAGAUGUCCAAUCUCGAGAAACUAGAGCUGGACCAUUGUAGAAGUAAGGUCCUCCCACCUCUUGGAAAGCUACCCUCGCUCAAGCAUCUGAUAAUAAGUAGCUUGGAUAAUUGGGAAGGAGAAUGGUCCUUAGAAGAAGAUAUGGACAAUGGUGAAGUAUCCUCAACAAGUGAACAAUUAUUCCUCAAGCUUGUCAAUCUUCAGAUUUCCAACUGUCCCAAGCUCAAGGGGCUACCUCCCUGUGAUUUUCCUGAUCUAAGAACGUUGAGAAUAUCCGAUUGCGAGGAAUUGAGAACAAGUAUAAAUCCUGAAAGGAUCUCAACCCUUGAGACAAAUGAUAUAUUUCGCUGUCCCAAUUUACGAUAGGAGUAUACUACAGUGCUUCAACAACGUCCCAACAAUUUCCGGCGCUGAGGCAAACACUAAAGCAACACUAGGAGAAAGAUCGAUAUGCUGGAUUAUUGUUUUUACUUUCCAAGGAAACAGGUCUUUCUUCAUCUACAGCAAAUCGUGUGAGAACGACAUGGUGCAAUGGAAUAAGUCAAAGAUUUGAAUUCGAAAUCUGAAGUAUCCACUUGGUGAAUUGUUGUUUGUAAUUUACAGAUUGAGUGUGCUGAUGAAUAAGAUGUAACAUCAGGUUUCGUGUGCAGAAGUUUUAUCUAAUAAUUUCAACUAUGUUUUUGUUGUAUGAAAAACUAGCUCAAGUUUGAUAUGUUAAUUAUGGAAACGUUUGUCA